CGGAGUUUAUAUACACUCGAUUAGGCGGUCGGAGUAUCUCAAUUAGCUGUUGGGUGAGGGGUGUUCAAUCACGACCGGGACUGUUGGCAUGAAGGGGACCAUCUAUGCUGCUUUGGGAGCGAAGAUGAGGGGAACCCAGAGGGGAAAGUAGCACGAUGGUGAUGCCGAGCGGGCAUGCCGUAGGUGUGCGGCUCGGGCAUCCCGAUCUAGCUCCUCGAUCACUCAUCGAGGAGGUGGAGAGAAGAUGGAUCCCGUACAUAUAGCCUCCACCAAGCACCUUUCCCGGCACUUGAAUGUAACACUCGCCAUCUCCCUUGCGGACUCUUGAUUUUGUUUCAACAACACUCGGGCAGCACAACACAGAAUACACAGAUCAGUAAACAUGACUUCCAACACCCCUAUUGCCAUCAUUGGCAUGAGUUGUCGAUUCGCGGGCGACGUCGACAACCCCGAGAAGCUCUGGAACCUCCUUGCUGAAGGGCGGAGCGCGUGGUCCGAAAUCCCCAAGGACCGGUUCGAUAUCGACGGGUUCCAUCACCCAAACUUUGAGAAAUUGAAUGGGACGAAUGUUGUUGGGGGGCACUUCCUCAAGGAGGACGUUGGUCUAUUUGAUGCCCACUUCUUCAGUCUCUCUGCCGAGACAGCAGCAGCAUUAGAUCCCCAGUUUCGGCUCCAAUUAGAGUCAACAUACGAAGCUCUAGAAAGCGCCGGAAUCUCAUUACAGGAUGUGGCCGGGUCUAACACAUCAGUAUACGCGGGGUCCUUCUUCCGGGACUACCACGAGAGUCUUGUCCGUGACCCCGAUGCGUUGCCCAGAUUCCUCCUCAUGGGGACAGGGGCAGCAAUGGCCUCAAACAGACUUUCCCACUUCUUUGACCUGCGCGGGCCUAGCAUGUCGGUCGAUACUGGGUGCUCCACGACACUCACAGCGCUGCACCAGGGAUGCCAGAGCCUGAAGACAGGGGAAUCAAACAUGUCCAUCGUGGGCGGUGCCAACGUCAUGUUCAACCCUGAUAUGUUCCUCGCCAUGUCAUCCAUGACACUCAUCUCCAAAGACGGCAAGUCGUAUGCUUUCGACAGCCGCGCCAACGGGUACGGGCGCGGCGAGGGAUCUGCGACGGUGGUCCUGAAGAGGUUAGACGACGCUCUCCGGGACGGCGACCCUAUCCGCGCCAUUAUCAGGGAGAGCGGCGUCAACCAGGAUGGCAAGACAGAAACCAUCACAACCCCAAGUGGCGAAGCACAAGAAGCCCUCGUCCGCGACUGCUACCGGAGAGCCGGCCUCAACCCAGCACAGACGGCAUACUUUGAGGCACACGGCACCGGGACACCAACUGGAGACCCCAUCGAGGUGGCUGCGAUUGCGUCAGUCUUCAAGGACACCAGAACGCAUGGCGAGCCCCUUCGAAUCGGCUCCGUGAAGACAAAUAUCGGCCACACCGAGACGGCGAGUGGUGUUGCGGCCAUCAUCAAGGUAGCACUAGCCUUGGAGAAGGGGCAAAUUCCACCAAGCAUUAACUUUGAGAAACCCAACGCAAAGCUGCAUCUCGAUGAGUGGAAACUGAAGGUUCCCACAUCUCUCGAGUCCUGGCCCGAGCCAGACGGCGUCAGGCGAGCAUCCAUCAACAACUUUGGCUACGGCGGCUCCAAUGCCCAUGUCAUUAUGGAGAGCCUCGACUCCUUCGUCGCCGCCACCUCCCGUGCAGUUCGGGUUUCUGCGCCAAACGGGAACGGCAACGGCGUCACAAACGGCCACAGGAACGGUGUGAAUGGAUACACGAACGGACACAUGAACGGACACACGAAUGGCGCAAAUGGACAUGGUCACGGCCACUCCCGAAAGGACAGUGGUGUGAGCAUCGAAGAGGACGAGGAUCCGGCACGCUCCCGCGUCUUUCUUCUGAGUGGAAAAGACGAGAGGGCAACCCAGGCCAUGGCCGAUAACCUCAAGAACCACCUCCUAUCUGUCAACCCCGCCGACGAGGAGGCCUUCCUCGACAACCUGGCUUACACGCUCGGCCACCGCCGCUCUCAGUUCCCCUGGAUGUCGACGUUCACUGCCAGCAGCAUCAAAGGCCUGGUUAAGUCCCUCGAGUCCGGCAAGAACAAGCCUGUAAAGAGGGAAUCUUCUUCAGCCCUUAGGCUGGGGUUUGUAUACACCGGCCAGGGUGCCCAAUGGUGGGCUAUGGGGAGAGAGCUCGUUGAUGUGUACCCGGUCUUCAAGGCGGCCCUGCUGGACUGCGACGCGCAGCUCAAAAGGCUGGGAGCUCGGUGGAACAUGAUCGAGGAACUAAACCGGGACCAAGAAACAUCGAGGGUGAACCAGCUCGACUACAGUACACCGGUCUGCGUUGCUGUGCAGAUUGCCCUGACCCAGCUCCUGCGCGCCUGGGGUAUCAACCCAACGGCAGUAACAAGCCACUCGAGUGGCGAGAUUGCCGCUGCGUACGCCGCCGGUGCCCUCGACCUCGCCUCCGCCAUGACAAUCGCGUUUGCGCGCGGAGGUCUGGCCUCAGAGGGGAGCCGCCAGUUUGCCCGGAAGGGCGGCAUGGUGGCUGUCGGCCUGGGCGCGAAGGACAGCGAGAAGUAUCUCCCGCUUGUGUCUGAGGGGAAGGUGGUGCUGGCCUGUGAAAACAGCCCCAGUAGUAUCACCGUCUCUGGCGACGUGUGCGGUCUCGACCAGCUCGAGGCUCUCCUGAAGCAGGACAACAUCUUUGCUCGCCGCCUCAAGGUCGACGCGGCCUGGCAUUCCCACCACAUGGAGGCUGUCGCGGAUGCCUACUACGCCUCCAUGGAGAACAAGGUCCGUCCUGCGCAAGACAGCCUCGACUUGGUCUUCUCGUCCCCUGCUACCGGAACUAGGCUGGACGAUGUCGAGUCCAUCGGAAGCCCUGGCCACUGGGUGAGGAGUCUGACUGGCCCCGUCCGCUUUGUGGAGGCGUACCGCAGCAUGUGCUUUGAGACCCCGGAGAGCGAGCCGGCCGUUGACAUGGUCAUUGAAGUUGGGCCGCAUGCCGCUCUCUCUGGGCCCAUCCAGGAUAUCAUGGGGAUGCCCGAGUUCAAGGAUGUCGAAAUUCCCUACGCGAGCUGCUUGAUCAGAAAGCAAAACGCCGUGGACACGAUGCAGGCUCUGGUUGGCAACCUCAUGCAGAAGAGCUACCCGCUCAACCUCGCCGCUGUCAACUUCCCCUACGGGAAGCAUGGCCUGAAGGUCUUGCACGACUUGCCCCGGUACCCGUGGAACCACCAGACCCGGCACUGGAACGAGCCGCGAGCAAACAAGGCGCUCCGAGCCAGAGCUGAGAAGCCUCACGAUCUGCUGGGCUCCCUGGUCCUUGGCACCAACCUCGAGGCACCCUCGUGGAGGCACUUUGUCCGCAUCAACGACGUCCCCUGGAUCCGGGAUCACGUUGUGCAAAACACCAUCAUCUACCCUGCAGCUGGCUACCUCUCGAUGGCCAUCGAGGGUGCAUCGUACCUUGCCUCCCGACAGUUUCCAGACAGGAAGCUUCAGGGGUACCAGCUACGGGACGUUGACAUCCUCAAUGCGCUAGUCGUGCCGGAGACCAGCGAGGGCAUCGAGCUACAACUCUCGCUCCGGCCAUGCGGCGACAGGGCACUCGAUACCAAGGACUACUCCGAGUUCCAGGUGCAGUCUGUCACCUCGGACAACAAGUGGACCGACCACUGCAAGGGCCUGAUCAUGGUUGAGUAUGCUCCUGCAAGCGGUCAGCAGGAUGCCCGGAAGCCAAGAUGGAACGUCAGCGCACCGGCAGAGGACUCCGCGUACCGAGUCCGCAUCAGCCCGCGCGACAUCUACGCCAGCCUGAACUCCGGAGGUAUCUCCCAUGGUCCCAUCUUCCAGAACCUCAAGACCAUCCGCGCCCGCGGCAAGCAGUCAGUCACGUCCUUCACCGUUGUCGACUCCGAGGCCACCAUGCCCAAGCAGCACCAGCACGAACACGUUGUGCACCCGACAACGCUCGACUCGGUGUUCCAGGCCGCCUACACUGCCCUCCCCGGCGCAGGCAACAGCGUCGGCACACCCAAAGUACCCAGAUCGAUUCGCAAGCUCUGGAUAUCCCACGACAUCAGCCCGCAAGCCGGGCACGCCUUCAAGGCCUACACCGACCUCACCCACCACGACGCGCAAACCAUGACCACCUCCAUCGCCGUCGCCAACAACACCAACAACACCAACAACACCAGUACCUCGACACCAACCACCCCCGUAAUCACCAUCACCGACUUCCUCUACCAAUCCAUCGGCACCACCACCCCACCCACCCCACCCCCCCACGAGCAAGAGAAAUUCACCACCACCAAAUGGGCCCCCGACAUCAACCACCUAACAGCGCCCUUCCUGCAAGCCCACCUCGGCAGCGAGCUCUCCGGCAAAGAAGCCGAGCAGCUGCUCGAUCUGCGCCGCGCCUGCCUGGUCUACAUCCAGGACGCGCUCGCCCAGCUCAGCGCGGCCGACGUCCAGCGCCUCGAGUGGCACCAGCGGAAAUUCUACCUGUGGAUGCGUCUGCAGGCGGAGCUGGCGCGCACGGGGGCGCUGGCGCCGGGGAGUGAGACGUGGGGGGUGGUGGAUGUCGCUCCGAAGGAGAGGGCCAGGGUGCUGGAGCGGGUGCGGGUGGGGAGUGCGAAUGGGGAGAUGGUGUGCCGACUUGGGGAGAGGAUUGUGGGGAUCCUGAGGGGCGAGUGCACGGCGCUGGAGCUGAUGUUGGAGGGGGGGUUGUUGCAGCGGUAUUAUUUGGAUGGGCUCAAGUGGGCAAGGGCGAAUGCGAAGCUGGGGGAGCUGGUGGCGCUGCAUGCGCAUAAGCAUCCGAGGGCGAAGGUGAUUGAGAUUGGUGGCGGGACGGGGGGUGCGACGACACAGAUUCUAAAUGCGUUGGGUCGGGGGGGAGGGAGGGAGGUUGGGUCGUAUGACUUUACCGAUGUGUCGUCGGGGUUCUUUGAGGCGGCCAAGGAGAAGUUCCGGGAUUGGGAGGGGUUGAUGCGGUAUAAGAAGUUGGAUAUCGAGCAGGAUCCGGCCGCUCAGGGGUUCGAGGAGGGCUCGUACGAUGUCGUUGUGGCUUGCCAGGUCCUUCAUGCCACGCAGUCGAUGCAGAACACCAUGGCCAACGUCAGGAAGCUGCUCAAGCCUGGGGGUAAGCUGUUCUUCAUGGAGACGACCAAGGACCAGAUGGACAUUCAGUUCGUCUUUGGCUUCCUGCAGGGUUGGUGGCUGAGUGAGGAAGAGGACCGCAAAUUCAGCCCGUCCCUGACAAUCCCCAUGUGGGACCGCGUCCUGCACAAGACUGGCUUCCGUGGAGUCGAGGCCGAAGUGCGGGAUUGUGACGACGACGAGCUCUACUCGUUCAGCGUCGUCUCCUCGACCGCCGUGGCAAACCCGCCCAAGUUCGACUUCGAUAUCGCCCUCGUCACGGCUGGCACCUCGGCGCCAGACUCCUGGAUCGACCAACUCCGCCUCUCCAUCGGCCUGCUCACCUGGACUGUCCCGAGCGUGCACACCCUCGAACACGCCCCGGUCGACGACAACAAAGUCUGCAUUUUCGUAGACGACCCGGAGAAUCCCAUCUUGGCCAACGCCGAUGCCACACGGUUCGAGGGCCUCAAGGCCGUCUGCACAAGAUCAAAGGGCCUGCUCUGGUUGACCCAGGGCGGUGCCGAUGCCUGCAUUAACCCCCUGGCGAGUCUCGCCUCGGGUUUCCUCCGAUCCCUCAGACAGGAGUACUCCGGAAAGCGCCUGGGCACGCUCGACAUGGACCCCUCCAAGCCCAUGUGGUCCCCCGAAGCAGUCAAGUCCAUCACCGAGGUAUUCAAGGGCUUCUUCGACGGCUCCACGGCGGGUGAAUCCUCGACCGACUACGAAUUCGCCGAGAGAGACGGCGUCAUCCACAUCCCCCGGUACAUCAAGGACACCGACCGGAACAAGUCCGUGUUUGGCCCGGCCCCCGAGGCACCAACCCCGAGACUCGAGCCCUUCUUGCAGUCUGACCGGCCCCUCCGCCUAACCAUCGGCACGACCGGUCUCCUCGACACCCUCGCCUUCGACGACGACCCGACCGCCGCAGAGCCACUCCCAGACGACUUCGUCGAGGUGGAGCCGCGAGCCUUCGGCGUCAACUUUCGCGACGUCAUGGUCGCCAUGGGCCAGCUGAAGUCCAAGGUUAUGGGCUACGACUGCGCCGGCGUGGUCAAGCGAGUGAGCGCGGGAGCUGCGGCGAUGGGCUACCGGCCGGGCGACCGCGUGUCAGUCCUGCUGAGGGGCCACUACGGGAGCAAGACCCGCGUGCACUGGAGCAGUGUGGUCCACAUCCCCAACGAGAUGGCCUUUGAGACGGCCGCGUCGCUGCCAACCCAGUACGUGACCGCCUACCUGUCGCUGUAUGAUAUGGCCAGGUUGCAGCCGGGUGAGUCGGUGCUCAUCCACGCGGCUACUGGUGGUGUGGGCCAGGCUGCUAUUAUGCUGGCCCAACGCGUUGGCGCCGAGGUGUUUGUCACGGUCGGCACCGAGGAGAAGCGCCGGUUCGUCAUGGAGCACUAUGGCAUCCGGGCGGACCACAUCUUCUCCAGCCGCGAUACGAGCUUUGCUGGGGGUAUCAUGGACGUGACGGGGGGGAAGGGGGUAGAUGUGGUGCUCAACUCGUUGGCAGGCUCCCUCCUCCAAGAGAGCUUCAACUGCCUCGCCCCCUUCGGCCGCUUCGUCGAGCUCGGAAAGCGUGACUUUGAGCUCAACAACAGCCUCGCCAUGGAGGCCUUUACCCGGGCCGUGUCUUUCUCCAGCGUUGACAUCAUCACCCUGGGUGAGCGCAAGCCGAUGCAGGCGAACCGGAUCCUGAAGCAUGUGGUCAAGCUGGUGGCGGCUAAGGAGAUCGACGCCGUUCAUCCCGUCACCGUCUACCAAUUGUCCGAGGUAGAGAAGGCUUUCCGGUUGAUGCAAGCCGGCAAGCACAUGGGGAAAAUUGUGCUGGCUGUUACCCCUGAGACGUUGGUUCCGGUGAUCCCCCGGACGGCUGCCACCCGACUCCGCCCCGAUGCAUCGUACGUUGUCGUGGGUGGGUUCGGCGGCAUUGGCAGGUCUAUCUGUCACUGGCUCGCCGAGCACGGCGCACGGCACUUAGUUGUCGUUUCAAGGAGCGCCAACACCGGAGGUAAGGUUGAGAGCCUCCAAGAGGAACUCGGCGCGACAGGGCACAGCGUGGAUGUCACGGCGGUUGGUUGCGAUAUUUCAAACAUGGGCGAGCUGCAGCGGGCGUUCGAUGAGCACUCCCGGGCGAGGAGACCGCCCAUCAAGGGAAUCAUCCACGGCGGGAUGGAACUCAGGGACUCGGUGUUGGAACACAUGUCACUCGACGACCACAAGGCGGCGCUGGCACCCAAAGUGCAGGGCAGCUGGAACCUGCACCGCUACUUCGCCGACCACGACGACCUCGACUUCUACAUCAUGCUGUCCUCACUCAUCGGCGUGGUCGGGUUCGCCAGCCAGGCCAACUACUCAGCAGGCGGGGCCUUCCAGGACGCACUCGCGCGACACCGGAUCGAGCAGGGGCUGGCAGGGGUGUCCAUCGACCUGGGCAUCGUCAAGUCGGUCGGCUACCUCGCCGACGACGAGCAGGGCAAGACCAUCGCCGCGCUGCAGCGACACGGCUUCACAGCCCUCGGCGAAGACGACGUGCUCGCGGCCAUCGGCUCCGCCAUCGCAACCCCCUACGCCGGCUCACUCGCCCUCGGCCUCAACACGGGGCCCACCAAGGAAGAAGACUCCCCCCUGCAGCGCGACCAACGCUUCGCCAGCCUCGGCCACCAACAAGCAGCAGCAGCCGCAUCGGGACAAAACGGAGGGCCCAACAAAACGGGAUCGGCAAGCAACGACCUCGCAUCCCUCCUGGCCGCCUCCACCACCCUCGCGGAGGCCGCGGCGCACGUGGUGGAGGGGGUGGCGGCGAAGCUGACGGACAUCUUCAUGCUCGGGGCCGGCGACGUGGUGGCGUGCAAGUCGCUGGCGUCGUACGGGGUCGACUCGCUGGUGGCGGUGGAGCUGCGCAACAUGCUGGCGCUCAAGGCCGGGGCCGACCUGUCCAUCUUCGACAUCAUGCAGAGCGCGAGCCUGGCGGGGCUGGCCGAGGCCGUGGCGGUGAAGAGCCGGUUUGUGGAGUGCUGAUUUGGGAUGGGUUGGGAUGGGGCCUAGAUGGGGGGGUUGGUUAGUGUGUCUUGUCUGCACGUCUGUUCCGUCUAUCUGUCUGUCUGUGGGUGUGGGUGUGUGUUAGUGUGGCAUGGGAUCAUGGAUGGCAUGCGUGGGUCGUCUGUGUGUCGAUCGGGGGGAUAUUGCUUUGAGGGG